UUAUUUUUGCUUACUUUCUGUGAAUUGUAUGUCAUAGACGAUUAAAUUCUGUUUAUUGAACUUCAUAUAUGAUUAUUUUUUGUGUAUAUAUUUAACUUGUGUUAAUUGAACUUCAUUUCAGACGAUGUCUUUGUUGAUAUCCACUGGCUUCUCCAUUCUUAGUUCGUCAUUCAUCGAGGGCACUAGCACAAAUAGCGCUUCAAAGCUACACUUUAAUUUGGUCAUAAGAGAUUUAUCCUGUGUUGGGUACCACUCAGCACAAAAUCGCCCCGCCGUCGCAAGCCCCCUUCCAUCGCAGUUCCCAGGCAUCCUCUCGCCGUCGCAAUCCACAUCCAUCGCCGUCGCAGACCUGCAAUCUGCAUCCCUCUCAAAGAUCUGUUUUGAGACUUCUAGUUGAGGAAACUCAAAAUCCCACCACAGAUCUGGAAAUAAUUAAAAAUAUUGUCACUG